GUGCCACACAUCAUCGUUGUUGUGGCUAGAUGGCGCGUCGGGAAUUCUCGAGGGCAGCAGCACCCCUUGAGUGGCUCUCCGCUAUCUCACAGUAAUGCUGCUUUUUUACGCGCUACUCUGCUUAAUUACGUGUAGUUGUGUUUCUUGUGCACUCGUGAACCCAUACGAAACACUUGGUGUGCCCCGCACAGCCAGCGCUGCUGAUAUCAAACGUGCAUACAAGCGACUGGCGAGAGAAUGGCAUCCUGACAAAAACAAAGACCCUGUGGCAUCUGAGAAGUUCAUAGAGAUCACCAAAGCUUACGAGCUGCUCACUGAUCCUGAAAGGAAAGAAAAUUUUGACAAGUAUGGCCAAACGGAAGACACGCCAAACUUCCGAAGGCAACCCGACUACAGUCAAUUCAACAGAUUUGACUUUGAUCCUUUUGAAUCUACAGUGUUUUCUAAGGGAAACAUGAAGUUUAAAUUUAGUUUUAACCAAGGCUCUGUAUUCCACAAGGCCACCAUCACACUCAAGGCUUAUGAAAAUAGGGUGAUCCCUGACAGUAACGUCAAGCCAUACCUGAUUCUCUUUUAUGGAGACCUUUGCUUUCCAUGUCUUCAUGUAGAGCCAAUAUGGCAGCGAAUAGUUCAAGAAAUGGAGCCUUUAGGUGUAGGUUUUGCUACUAUUCAUGCUCAACACGAAUCUGGCUUAGCACAUAAACUGGGUGUUGGCAGCCUGCCAUAUCUCAUGGGCCUGGUGGAAGGGCGUGCCAUUCACUACCGUCACGACCAGCUGAGCCUCGUGAAUGCAAUAGAUUUCUGCCGCCGUCUGUUUCCCCGGGAUACUGUGACUGUGCUGGAGGACAUGUCAUCAUUCGAUGGCUUCCUUUCAGGAUGGUCGGAUAACCGAGUGCGUGCGGUGGUAUUCAGUCCAUCGGCAUCUGUGCGGCUGCGCUACCUACUGGCAGCAUUCCAGUUUCGAGAGAGGGUUCGCUUUGGUUAUGUCCGACUGGGGCAACCAGAGACAGAGCCUUUGCGCAGACGCCACGCUGGUGUGGGACUUCGCCAAGAGUCCCUGCUGAUCUUCAAUGAGCACACUAGUGCCCCUGUGGCACUCCUUAGCAUGGCAGAGCUGGAUCCACAGUCUCUAAGAGACGUGCUCAAAGCAAACAGGUUUUUGAUCUUGCCACGAGUUUCUUCACAGGCUUUUGAUGAGCUCUGUCCACCUGAAGCCAUUCGUACACGUCGUCGCCUCUGUGUAGUGCUCAUUACAGGCAACACAGCUUUGCAUGAUCCGAACCGAGCGCAGUUGAGAGACUACAUUCAACAGAAGGGCUUUCCUGUUGAGCGUGUCAGGUUUAUGUUUGUGUACAAGGAAAAACAAAAAGAGUUUGUGAAUACCCUGAGCUCAGGUGAGGAUUCGCCCGAAGACCCUAUCCUUCAUAUGGUAAUUUUGUGGAGGAAAGACCACAACUUAGUCCAAUACCAGUGGAUUGAUGCACCGUGGCUUGAUGAGCCCCAGAAGCUGAACGAGAGCAAACAGGAGCUGGAGAACGCGCUGUCACGGCUGCUGCACUCGUCAGAGGCCCUCCCGCACGAUGCCCGUCUGGGCGUGCUUGUGGACGAGCACGCCCGUGGCCUGCUGGGUCGUAUUCUGCGCCGCCUUGUGCUCAUGGGGGAUGCAUUGCGGGACCACCUGACACGCUAUGAAGUCCUGCCCGCCCUCUCUGUGGCGCUCUCCUUUGGCUUCAUCGUGCUCGUCGGCUACUUCAUGUCCUACCUAGUGCAAAUGGAAGAAAAAAGUAUCCAGGAGCGCUAUAGACGAGAAGGAAGAGUGCCUCCCUCAGCAGCGAAACCCAAGCCUGAGUGCAAGCUUACUAUUCACGAGCUCAGAGGAGAAACCUACAAUGGGCUUGUAAGACUUUUGAAGCCGGGCUGCCGAACUGUUGUCUUACUGGUUGACCAAGAAUCCAAGCCCAAGCUGCUGCCACAGUUCUUUCGUGCCGUAUUUCCAUACCGCAAAAACAAGACUCUCAUGUUCGCCAUGCUCCUGCUGGAGAAGAAUUUGGAGUGGUAUCGCAAAAUCCUCGCUCAGACACUGGCCAUUCGACGGCCGCUCAACAUCAAUCCAAAGAACUGCAUCGGUACUGUGUUAUCCCUCAAUGGGCACCGCAAGUACUUCUGCGUCUACCACGCCAAGCACCUAGAGCCAGCAGUGAUCAAGAAGAAGAAAGAGAGUGCUGGAGACUUUGUCGGAUUGGAAGACUCGAGCAGCGGCUCCGAAACGAGUGACGUGGAAUCGGGACGGCUACUCGCACGGUCUGAAGAGACCGACUCAGACAUGUAUGGCAGCAUUCUCUUCGAGGAGCACCUGCUGGAUGGGCUGCCGAACUGGCUCGACAGGUUGUUUGAAGGCACCACAAAACGUUACUACAUCCAGUACUGGCCGGAGUGCAUGAAGUAGCCAGCCCCAACCCACAAGCAGCAGUACCUGCACUUUUCUUCUUGUAGGGUUGUGCCCCCUUGUGCCAUGCUUGCAUAGUCCUUUUCUCUCUUUCCCACUAGCAAAUAUGGCUAACCUGUAGAUAGUGACAUGCAUUUUAAGCUACAAACCACAGUACCACAUGUGGCUUGUAAGUUUCUCCACCCUACAUGCUUUAAGUUGAACAGCAAAAUGCAGUUUCACCACAUUUAAAAGUAUGACUGCAUAAGUCGCGUUAAGAGCAGCACAUUGUAACGGCCUUGAUGUCCUCGUUUUUCUCCCUCCAUGUAUGACUAAAGAUCAGCCUUGCUCUUUUGGUGUUUCAGGCUGCCGUUAUGUGCAAGCAUGGUGUAAGGUGAAAGUGCGUAGUGCUUGCUCAGGCAUGUUUCAUGGAAGGAACUGCGUAAGACUGAAAGCCAGGUGAAAUAUGAAAUGUUACCUAUGAGGCAUAACACACUGCAGAGAGUUUGGGUGUGUACUCUCUUGCUAAGUUAGCUAAACGUGUAUGUUUACACAGUUCUCGGGCUGGUUUUGAGUCGGCAUUUCAUACCUGUUCACCAAGGCAUAUGAACUUUACAAAUAGUUAGACCGUGAAUGAGAAUUGAAAAAAAAAAUAUACUAUGUGCAGUUGUCUGUGCUGUCUGUACAUAGCUUAAAACUUGUGGCUAGGCAUUUAAUCUUGCACAUGAAUUAUCAUUAUGAUGAGUUUUUACCUAAUAUGAUUGUAAAAUGUCUUAACGGUGAUGUUUGCGGUAUUUUGUGUGCUUCAGAUUACAUGAGCCAUUGGCUGUGCAUGGGGUGGCAGGAAAAUCAUUCCUCUUGUUUUGGGACAUGGUUUGUAGCUUGUGCCCUCCUUUUGGACAUUGUAUCAAUUCACUGCUUUUUGUGCCUAACUAAUCAUUGUUCAUCAGGGAGGCAUGCCUGCAUGUGUCAGGUUCCAUUAUUCAGACUAAUAUGGUGGAUUGUGCAGGCAGUACUUGGAGCAACAUAUAGCACUGUGUUGCCGGUAGCAUUUUAUGUAAUUUGUCUGACUGUUCAAAGUUUUGAUUCUUGUUGUUUUGCUUUUUUGUUGAUCUGUUUUGUGUGGGCAAUUUUUUAGCUGUCUUUAAAUUCGGAAUGCUUACUGUACUGGAACUAAUGUUUCAGAGCAAGCAUAGAAACUUAAGUACAAAGCAAGAGUGUUGUUACGUAGAGGUCAUUUCAUGACAUUGUGGAGUUUGCUCAUCUUGUGAUGUGCACUAGUGCCAGCUACUAUGAUUGUUAUCAUACAUUCAUCAAUCAGACUUACCAUGAUAAUUUAGCCACUGCUUACUGUGCAGGUUUGAUUCUUUUGUUUAUAAUAUGUGCUUUUGCUAAGCAUUGCGCUAUUUAGUUGUGGGAAGCACCCAUGGGCUGCGAAUAGGAAUGCCCAUGAAGAAAAUACUCAAGUUGUUUCAAGUGCUGUCUGCACAAAUUUUCAUUGCUGGUCAGUUAGCUGGUAGUUGUUGAUGCACGUGCCCCGAAGUGCAGUAUCCUUUACUUAAUUUUCAAGUUGUGAUAAUCGGACAUUGUGAGUGUUGUUUCCAAACUGCACUGUAUGACGGUAUCUGCCGAUCUGAGCGCAUUCAUACCUCACUUCAUCGAGAGAUUCAUCGUGACCCACCUUACGCCAAGCCAAGUCACCACUUCUGCACCCAGCCAUGAAGUCAUCGCACAGUGUUUUGCUGCGUCUGUGAUUGCUAGUCAUGAGGCUGCUCCAAGCACCUACUUCUCGGCCAGUGUGACUGUUGCGUGCGUAUCUGCUGCCUAAGGAUCACAAUUAAUAAUGUGUGCGUAUGUGAGUGUGUGUCUGAUACUUUUGCACUACAGAUAUCUUGCAGACUCUGCCCAUGGUGUGGUGCAUUGUUUUUUUUUUUUUUGCUUGGAGGAAGAGUGUUCUACAUAAAAGUUCACGGCUGUGACAUUUGUUUUUUCCUCAGGUUAUAAACUUAUCAUGUUGUUUCAGUGGCAUUAUUUAUAUUGUUGAUUGAUGCACACCGAAGAUGUGUGAAACUUUGGUCAUGCUGUUUUUGACUUAGAAAGACCGGGCAUGCUCCGGUGUGCUGCAUUUUAGCUGCAAGACUUGCAAGAAGGCCAGGAGUACAACUUGUUUUUGCAUUUGUGUAAACUCAUCUCUGUGGAAGGUUAGCAUUGCAGUUGAUAUGCCUUACACAGAAAAGCCUGAUGUUCAGAAUUACGAAGGCAGCUGAAUGAUUGUGUUUGCUUUGUGCAUAUGUGAGACUGCAUUUUGGCACUGUAAAUUAACUGCAAGAUGUCCCACAGUUAUGCAGGCUCACUCAAGUCUUUGUGGAACUUCCACUGCCUUCCACCUGUUUCAUCACUGCUUAACAUGUGAAUGUCCUAUGUCAGCUAUCCAUAAAGAAAACCAAGCAACAUUCUUUUAUUUAGAAAGGAAUGUUUUGUGUUGAACUUAAAUUGUAAAAUUUAAAUGUUUCUGCUAGAAAUAAAACAAUUGAUGCUGUA